AUGGGACAUAUUCUUCUUGCUGCCGAUUAUCCUAAUUUAAUUGAACUUAAACUCUUUAAUUUUAACGGUAAAAUUGUUUCACGUUGUUUUACAGAUGAAUCAUCAUAUCGACGUAUUUUGCAACGACAAAUUACAGAUCUUAUUAUUGUAUUCGAAAGAGAUUUUAAUGACAUAUCAGUGAAAGAUUAUACAACAGAUGUGUAUGGAUAUAUUUUGAAAUUCUUCGAAAAUCUAAAACAUUUAUCUAUUAUCGGAUCAUAUACCCAAUAUUUUCCACCUUUGGUACUUCGUAAUUUACCUUUAACUACCUUCUUCUCUUCAACUCUUAACAAGUUAUGUAUUCGUGUGAGAAGUUUUGAAGAUUGUCUUGCUUUACUUGAUGAUCGUCUUAAAAAAACUAACAACCUUGAUUGUUUAUAUUAUUAA